UCUAAAACUGGGCCGAUAUUAGCCCAAUAUCAAUCACAUUGAACUUUUUAGUAAGUCCAUUUAAAUACAUUUGUGAGAGUGGUAGGCCCAUCCACAUGAAAGAAUUUUACAAUGACAAAACUACCCAUUAAUAAAAUACACGUAGCACUCACUGCGCCAAUCGCUAACUAACAACUCCCGCCACAAAAAAGAAGAAAAGAAAUACCUGAAAGGCGGAGAGUUUUUGUGCCUUAUCCAAACAAAAUAACACGCACUAAAAGAGAACAACUUCACCAGAAAUCUAACAAUGGCUACACCACCAUCUUCACCCUCUCUGCAACUCUCAACAACGGCAGCAGCAACUCAUUUCCCGAUCAGAUCCCACGUGCCCAAACACUCCUUCACCACCCGUGCGACCACAGAUGACAACAAACCAGGCACAACCCAAGAACCCGAUUCCAAACCCGGGUCCGCAUCUGAUGAUCAAUUUGAGAGCCGCCUGUCCCAGGUUCGACUCCGAUACCGAAGCGGGACCGGCAAGAAAGCAGAGCUCCGGAAAGCUAAGAAAGGGAAAUCCUCAUCCGGGUCUGGGUCAGGAAUGUACCUUCCUCCAGUUCCUUUAAAAGAAUCGGUUUCUGGUGGAUUAAAAGUGGAACUCGGGUUUAGCCCGUAUAGUGAACGGGUAAACGGGAGGAUCGCAAUUCUGGGGUUAUCAGCUUUGUUAUUAGUAGAGCUUGCAACGGGUAAAAGUGUAAUCAACUAUCACACACCAGCAAUUGUGUUGAUUCAGGUUUAUUUUGUAACCGCGGCUACUGCUUUGUAUGUUAAGUACGAGAAAGAGAAAGUUAGCAUCUGGCCUGAAUCCGCCCCUAGUAAGGAUUGAAUAAAUGAGUAAUUUGUAAACAAAAACAAAAAUUAAUGUCUUAACACUUGUUUUGUAAUACUAGUUUGUUGUUUUGGAGCCAAAUUUAGGUUUUUAUUUGUGACGUUGUUAAGGUUGGUUGUGGUAAUACGCUUGUUUAUCCGUUCAUUCAUUUAUUUAUGGAUGAGGCAGAUAGACAUUUCCUA